CAAUCUUCAAUUUCAUUUAUCGAUUUCUUUGAUUUGUCUUAUAAUGUCGUUAGUUGGUGAUGUUCUGGAUUGUGAUUUYAUGAUCMUGUUUAUGUUGCUUAUAAYGYAUUCACUUCGAUUGAUAUACUUGUGUGAUUAGUGGUUGCGUUGAUGGAUUGAUCAAUUGUACUCUGUUGGUUUUGACGUCAAACCUAAUGCAGAAUUGUUUAUUUGUUUAAUUAUAGUACGAACAUUGUUCUAUCGGCACCACUUGUUACUGAUAAAAGCUGAUGUUAUUUGCAAUUUGUCAUAGAAGAGUUACAAAUUUGUGACUCCUUUAAAGGCAUCAGAAAUCUAGCUAGAAUGGAGGUCAUCAUGUCAUCUCCCAUACAGAACUGUUCAGGGUUGGAAAAUGCUGGAGGUGACGUUUCUGCUAGUCUGCGUAGUAGACAUCAGGAAAGAAAGAAGAAAAAGCUGCUCAGAAGAGAAAAUAAUAAAAAUCCUGAUAGCAAACUCGAAGUUGCUCAACAAAAUGUUGAUGUGAUCCCACAGUCUUCCAUUSAGGAUAAUGCAAAUACUGAUCUAGGUACAACUGCAACCUUUCAGCUGAGUAAACGCAAAAUAAGAAGGAAUAAAAAACUGCUAAGAGAAGAUGCUGAAAACCCUGAGAGCAAACUGGAAGUUGCUAAUGUUGAUAUGAUCCCACAGUCGUCCAUUCAGGAUAAUUCAAAUACUGAUCUAGGUACAACUUCAACCGUUCAGCUGAGUAAAUGCCAAAUAAGAAGGAAUAGAAAACUGCUCAGAGAAGAUGCUGAAAACCCUGAGAGCAAAUUGGAAGUUGCUCGUCAAAAUGUUGAUAUGAUCCCACAGUCAUCCAUUCAGUAUAACCCAAAUGCUGAUCUAGGUGCAACUGCAACUGUUGAGCUGAGUAAACGUCAAAUAAGAAGGAAUAGGAAACUGCUCAGAGAAGAUACUGAAAACYCUGAAAGCAAACUGGAAGUUGCUCGUGAAAAUGUUGAUAUCAUCACACAGUCGUCCAUUCAGGAUAAUCCAAAUACUGAUCUAGGUACAACUGCAACCGUUCAGCUGAGUAAACGCCAAAUAAGAAGGAAUAGAAAACUGCUCAGAGAAAAAACUGAAAACCCUGAGAGCAAACUGGAAGUUCCUUGUCGAAAUGUUGUUGUCAUCACACAGUCAGAGAGUUUUGCAACCCCUGAUGCAGAGAUGGUGUCAAAAGGAGAAGAGCGCACAAAAGUUGCCAAUGGUCGGAUGGGGUCAGAUAUGCCUAAAAAUGUUCACAUUGAGGGUACAAUACAAAAGAAAAAGAAGAAGAAAUCAAGGAAAGAGAAACCAACUUUAGGUGAAAUUUUGAAUCCCCGACAGUUAGAGGACAUGGAAGUUGCCAUUGGUGAGAUGGAUUCAGGUACAACUGCAACAGAUCAUAUAGUGUCACAAAAGAGAGAGAAGCAGAAAUUAGAGAACAAGGAUCCAGCCUCAGGUGACAUUUUGGAUACUCGUGGGUGUGUACAAGACAUGGCACUUGCAAAGAAAGGCCUAAGCAGUACUAGAGCUCUUGAAUCAACAAGUGGUGAGUCAGUCUCAUGUAAAACUGCAACUCCUGAUGCAAAGAUAGUGUCAAAAGGAAAAGAGCACACAAAAGUUGCAAAUGGUGAGAUGGGAUCAAGUGAAACGAAAAAUCUUAAUGUGAAUGGUACGGUACUAAAGAGAAAUGAGCAGAAAUUAGAGAACACGAGGCCAAACGUAGGUGAAAUAGUGAAUUGCCAAUACUUGCAGAACCUGGAAGCUGGCAAUUACGAAGCACAUAGUACGAGUGCAGCAAAGAAAAAGAGRSAUAAGCUAAAGAAGAAAGCAGCCAAAGGUGAAAUUUCGACCACCAGUGAGAAUACAGAGGACUCGGUAAUUGCAAAGAAAGACGCAGGUACAAACAAAGUUUUUGAAGCAAUAAGUACCGAGUCAAAAAGAGAAGACAGCAUGGAAAUUGUGAAUGGUGAGAAGUGUCUAAGAACAACUCCCCUAGGUGCAGAUACAAUGAUUAAAAGUGUCGGGUGCACAGAGGUUGUCAGUAGUGAGAUGGGCUCAAGUGGAGCCAUGAUCAUUGUUGAGACCACGGGUUCAAGAGGAACAUCAACUCUUGAUAUGAAUACAGUCUCUAAAAGAGAAGAGCACACAGGCUCAAGUGGAACCACAAUUACUAAAACAGUAUCAAAAGUAGAAGAGUGCACAGAAGUUGGCAACAUUGAGACAGACUCAAGUAUAAGUAGGAAGACGGAAAAGCUGAGAAAGAAGAAAGAGGGGGUGGGUUUGAAGGCAAUCGAUGUGAUACCUCAGGUUCCCACAUCAAGGAAAAAGCUUAUUAUUUUAGAUGUAAAUGGGUUGCUYRMAGAUAUUUGYUUUUCUCCACCAAAGGAUGYCAGAGCGGAUAUGUAUAUGCUAGGACGAGCAAUAUUCAAGAGACCCUUCUUGGAUUAUUUCUUGUACUUUUGUUUCGCAAAAUUUCAUGUUGGCAUUUGGUCUUCGAGAACCAUGAAAGUUUUGGAUCCAGUGGUUAAUUAUCUGUUGGGAGAUUUGAAGUAUAAAUUGCUCUUUCUUUUGGAUGGUUCCAGUUGCACUAAUUCAGGGAUGAGGACUCUGGAAGAGAAACAUAAGUACAUAGUCUUUAAAGAUCUAAGAAUGAUUUGGGAGAGAAAUGGUCCCCCUAAUUCUUGGGUGAAAGGAACUUUUAAUGAAUCAAAUACAUUGUUGUUGGAUGAUUCUCCAUACAAGGCAUUGCUCAAUCCUAAACACAGCGGAAUCUUUCCUGUGUCUUACACCUACAAGGAUAAGAAUGAUAACUUUCUAGGUCCUAUGGGUGUUCUCAGAAACUAUCUGCAUGGUGUAGCGGCCACCGAUAACUUGAAGAUGUAUGUGGAACAACACCCAUUUGGUCAAAGUUACAUAGACGAAAAAAACCCACAUUGGAGCUUUUAAUCGCGUGUUCUCAUGUCUGGAAAUUACUAGUCCGAGGUGAGAAUCAUUGUUCUGAAUACAACCAAGGAGUAGAGACAUCAAUAACAAAUGAAAAGAUGAUGUGUAACCGAAGGGUUAUUGGCCCAACAUUAUUCGGGUUACCAGUAGAUCCCAAAAAGUAAGGAGUGUGUAAGAGUUUUGCCGUAUAUAAAUAUAAGAAGCCAUUUACC